AUGCUCAUGGCGUCAACUACGCAAUCGCUUGAGAAGGGUGUCGAGGUGACACGCAACUCCGAGUCGCUAGCGAUCAAAGCCAGGGUCCUCACUGGCAUCAAUGAGAUGCUCAAGGGUGACUUUGGCUCGGUUGCCCAGGAGGUCAUCCGUUCGGUCAUCAACCUUUGCGUCAUGGAGUGGUUUUGGGGCGCCGAUGACAGCAUGUGGGCGCAUCUAAGGGGCAUGAAGCACAUGAUUAACCUUCGGAGCGGCUUGCGGGGUAUCAAAGACAUUGUGGGAGAGUCCAUCAUCAUCUUAGGCCGACGGCGGACCCGCCAGUAUUCGCAAGAUCCAGAGCACAGCCUCCUGGAUUUACACCGGCUCAGCAAAGUUUCAGGCAGAGAGGGCGGCCGAAGUGAGCAGGGCGCGGAGGUGGCGGAUGUUGCUGAUAUGGAAUCCGAGGCGGAGCGUAUCGAAGAGGCGGUGCGGCUGGCCGGGCUGAUCUACAGCUGGUCCAUCUCGUCGAUGGCCCAGAUAUCGCAGUUCAAGGACGACAAGACGCUAGAGCGGGCUUACAAGGCCAUAAGGGGGGUCAACCUUACGCGAUGGAAGGGCAUGCCGGGAAUCUUCCUCUGGAUCAUGCUCGUGGCGGCGCCAAGCACCAAGCAAGAUACCAGGGGGAGGUUCAUCCGGCGGAAGAUGGCGGUGGCGGGGCUCUCGAUCGGAUUCGAGAGCUUCGGGGUGGGGAUAUCGUAUCUGCGGGCGUUCUGGCUGGUCCAGAGGUGGAUUGCGCGACAGGGGGAACCGGCCGCAGACAGCUUGACGUGA